AUGGUGGCAAAAGGCCUUUCGGCCACAUACAAGCUUCGCUUUGAGAAAUGGCGCCUAUUGACUGGGUCUUGCAAAGUCUUGGACCACGGGGCCCACCUGGAGGUGUUCCUGAGCGCCAUCCAGGUGGAUCCCUCUUGCUUUGAUGACUGGAUACAAGAUCUUCGCAAGGACCCGUUCCACCAUUUUGCCGAGGAUGCCGCAGGUCCUGCACCUGCAGAGCCUUUGGAGUCUGCCAAGCUGACAAAGAAGGUGAUGCCAGUGAAGCGCUGCCGCACCCGACAGUGCAAGGUCUUGGUUGUGAGCUUAUAA